AUGCCAAACUCCAACUACAACUACUACAUCUACAUCGACGCCCCCAUCUCCCCCCUAAACCCCUCCCCCUUCACCACCGAACUAACCCAGUUUGAAAAUCUCACUACAGCCCUCCACAACUGCCACUACAAACUCUUCAAAUACCCCAACCAUCAUUUAUAUCCGCAUCACUGGCCGAUUGUUCUAUCCAGCAGUACGGAGUUGUCGCCGGCAGAGGUGAAAAAGGCAGCGCUUGCGCAGGUCGAGGAAACGAAGAGCUUGCUUUUUGGAGAUGUUGGGGAGAGGAGGGAGAUGAUAUGUUUUCCGAGGUGAGGUUUUUUUUUUUUUUUUUUUUU